GAGCUGACUGUUGACUUGUGGAGUAAGGUGGCGUAACGCUGUUGUUUCCCCUGACGAUGGCGAGGCUCUGAUCCGACGGCAGCCCGCUGCUCUCCGACCCGGUGUCGUCCUCUGUACCGCUGUGGCUGAAAGUGAACCUGCUGUCUGAGAUGGACGGUGGACAGGAGAUGCGAGUGGAGGCCGCCCCGUACUGCUGCUCCACCUGCGACGGAGGGGAGGUGUCCGGCGGCCGCAGCCUGGCUCGACGCAACAGGAAGACCCGCAGCCUGAGCACCUCGUCGGCCGGCAACUCCUCCGAGUACAGGAGGACUCAGUCGCUUCAUGGACCGAGCCCUGUGACCACAUUCGGCCCGAAGGCAUGCAUGUUGCAGAACCCACUGGCAGUAAUGCACAUUCAGGACCCCGCCAGCCAGAGACUGACGUGGAACAAGCCGCCAAAAAGUGUCCUUGUCAUCAAGAAGGUCCGAGACGCCAGCCUGCUCCAGCCUUUCAAAGAGCUCUGCAUGUUCCUCACCGAGGUGAAAAACAUGAUUGUUUACGUGGAAAACAAAGUUCUGGAGGACCCGGCGAUAUCAGGCGAUGAAAACUUCGGAGCCAUUAUUAAGAAAUUCUGCACUUUUAGAGAAGAUCUCGACGACAUCUCCAAUCGUGUCGACUUCAUCAUCUGUCUUGGUGGAGAUGGAACGUUGCUGUAUGCGUCUUCACUCUUCCAGGAGAGUGUUCCACCAGUUAUGGCCUUCCACCUGGGCUCCCUGGGCUUUCUGACACCUUUCAAGUUUGACACCUACCAGUCUCAGGUCACCCAAAUCAUUGAAGGUAACGCUGCCAUCGUCCUGCGAAGUCGCUUGAAAGUCCGGGUGCUUAAAGAGAACUGGGAGAAGAAAGCCAGAGUGGACGAGAAGGGCAUCAUUCUGACCAACGGAGACAUCGAAAGUAGUCGCAAAGCUGUGCAGUAUCAGGUUCUGAAUGAGGUGGUGGUGGACAGAGGACCGUCCUCCUAUCUGUCCAACGUCGACCUCUUCCUGGACGGACACCUCAUCACAACAGUCCAGGGAGAUGGUGUGAUCGUAUCGACACCUACAGGCAGCACAGCGUACGCAGUGGCUGCAGGAGCCUCCAUGAUCCAUCCCAACGUCCCAGCCAUCAUGAUCACCCCCAUCUGCCCACACUCGCUGUCCUUCAGACCCAUCGUGGUGCCUGCCGGGGUGGAGCUCAAGAUAAUGCUGUCACGGGAUGCCAGAAACACAGCCUGGGUAUCAUUUGAUGGCAGAAAGAGACAAGAGAUCUGCCACGGAGACAGUAUUACCAUCACCACUUCCUGCUUCCCCGUUCCCUCCAUCUGUUUCCGGGACCCGGUCAACGACUGGUUCGAGAGCCUGGCUCAGUGUCUGCACUGGAACGUGAGGAAGAAGCAGAACUACCUUAGCUCAGAGGACGAGGAGUUCUGAGGCUACGAGAUCUCCUCUGAGGUCUCCGGGACUCGACCGCGCUCUGUUUUAUGUGUUCACGGACGGACAGUAUUACCAAACUCUUUUCAAAAACGUCUGUUGCUCUUCACACGGAUUGAAACGAUUCCACAGAAUACUUUCUAUCGAUCCCAAAAAAAACAAAAAACGCUUCUGUCGCCAUCUUUUAUGUUGUGUUUUAGUGGAAGAAAUGUGAGGUAGUGAGAGACGAGCUUUGAAAUCCCAAAGUCCUAAAAUUAAACAGAAUAUUUUGGUCGUUUUUAGCGAGCUGUCGUUGGCUGAAGACGUAAUGAAACAGAAAUUACAAAAAAAUACUAAUAAUGUUGUUAAAUAACUUGAUCGAGUUUUAAUCAUGUCUAGUUGAUUCAUAAGAUUUGGGACACUUUGGGCUCCGUAGAAAACAAACGUUGAGCCGGUCGUGCUCGUGCUCGUCCAAGAACCAGCAGCACCAAGCUAACAACAAGUCUGCAUAUGUUCAGCUCUACAUUAUGUGUUGGCUCAUUUAAAUUUAGGAUUUUUUGAACGGAGUUUGGCCCGCUAUCGGUAACGGAUGUGUAAAACUGUUCCUAGUAGAGAAAAUUUGACUAGUAAUCAGAAGGAAGGACAACUCUUGGGUGGAACCAAAAUGCACAAAGGUGGGUUGGCGGUUAUUGCAGAACCCUUGAUGGAUGUUAUCAGGCCUGUUGUUGCACUUUUGAAUCCUGGAGACAGAUGCAGGGACACGACCGCUUCUCUACAAACAGCGAAAGCUCAUUCUGUCCGUAGAGGCUGAAGGCCGAGUUGCACUAUUAAGGAAAAGGAAUCAGACGCAUCAGGAAAAACACUGUAACGCCAUCAACAAGUGUUGUUGUUUUUUCUUCGUUGAGGGGAAGAGCAGAUUUCCAGUACAGCAGUGGCCCGACUGUACAGACUGUGCCUUAAACACUGGUAACAUUAAUGUAGAGAAAUCUUAUUUUUCGAGGUUUACAUCGUGUCUGUCGUAUUUUUUUAUGACGCACUUGCACAUCUGUAACCGUGUGCACCGUGCCCCAUGUCGACUGUCGUAUCCAUCAGCAGCACGUGAUUGAAUUGUAUUUAACGUCGCGUCACAUCUCUACGUUCAGUUGAACGCGAAUCAUUCCAGGCAGAGACCGCGGCUCAGAUGUCUUUAUCUUUUUGAUGUCCGCUUUUUAAAAAUGUCCGUUUAAGCCAUAGCUGAACUUUUAAAAAAGUAUAUUUUCUAGACCAAUGUCUGUGGGUGGUUUACUGCUCGGUGUGGAGGAACUAUUACAGACUUCCAAUCAGUUCGUCUGCCGCUGUGCAGCCUUCGUUGAACACUUCUAGGUGGCCUACCCGACACGCCAGGUGUACAGAUGUUAUUAUAUACGUUAUAAAGUGGUUCUGCAAAAUGUGUUGGGGUGAGACGACGAACAUCACCUGUUGAAACUCAGCAAGACAGGCCGAGCUCUGAAAGGCAAUCAUUCCUUUAACUCUUGAGUGUGUAUAUAAAUGUAAUGCUUGUAUGAGAUGUAUUUUGUAAAGUCCACAUGUUUAUUAACUGGUUUACAGUGUAUUAUUAAUGAAAAUAAAUCUAUUUGGUACUUUUUUACAUUAAGUAUGUGUUAGCAGCUCUAAUUACUACAGUACAGUGAAACACUUGUACGUCUACAUUUAUUCUGAAUGCAUUCCAGGACAACAUGAAUAGUCGACCUUUUAGGAAAGAUGCUGGCGUGUUUGUUUCACACGACGGUUUGAGCCCGGUUCUGCUCGGAGGCCCGGGCUCUGACCUCUGAGGCGUCGUCGGCUCUCAAAGUGCUUUUCACUUUUGUAACUCUAACUUUUGUAUCAUUAAGUUUGUUAAUGUUUCUAAUUUUUUUUUUCCCCCAAAAGACUUUAAUAAACAGAAAGUUUAACCAGGAA